AUGCCAACCAAACUCCUCCGCCAGCCAACGGGCAACCCAAAACAACAAGACCCCGAUUCUCAUGCCGUUCUACCACACUCUGAAGAACCCGAGAACCCGCAGGACUACCAGCACUCUCGGGGUCGCGUCCGAUCCGGGUCUCCUACAGUUCCGACUACCCCCCGCGAGCACUUGGUGACUCCCACUGUCCCUCAGUUGAUCGACAAUAUUUCUGUGGCAUGCCUCGAUAGAUUCCGCACGCGCAUGCUGCCUCACUUCCCCUUCAUCCACCUUCCACAACGCGUAACGGCUGAAGAGCUCUGCUACAAUAGACCCCUGCUCUUCAAGGCUAUCGCCUGCGUGGCAUGGCCCUUCUCCAGGGAGAGAGAAGCCCGGGCUCUCGACUUGAAGCGUGGACUCUGCGAAGAAGCGUUCUUGCGGCAGAUACGUGCUGGGAAGAAUCAGUCUAAUGAUAUCAGUUCCGCACUCGACUUACUACUAGCUCUCAUGACUUAUAUUAGUUGGGGUUAGGAUCAUGUACGUCAUCGUGGCAGCCUUUCGCCUUUAGUUAUGCUAUCUGUGUCCCUGGUGGGCGAGAUACGUCUUACUAGGCCUGCGCUUGAGGACGCCCACAUAGGUCGUCUCUUGGUGUUACCGGUGCCCACCCUCACCUCAGACAGCCCUCGGCGACUCUCUGCUGAGGUCCGGCGCGCCGUAUUGGGUUGUUCCGUACUGAGCACUGUUGUCUCUCACUACUUUCGGAUAUGGACCCCCUGCCGGUAUGUAAUCACUGGAGUUAUUUUCAUUCCGUUCUACUGG